GGCAUCAUGACGUCGACCACGACAUCGUCUUCUUCGGAACUGGCCUCUUCGACGGCGACCAUGCUCCCAGGCGAGCGGGCGCUGACCCAGGUGCUGGCCGAGCACCCCGGCGAACUGAUGAGGACCGGCAGUCCGAACGUGGUGUGCUCCGUGCUGCCGACCCACUGGCGCUCCAACAAGACGCUGCCCAUGUCGUUCCGGGUGCUGGCGCUCGGGGGGGAUGUCUGCGACGGCACGCUGGUCACCCUCCGGGCGGGCAACGACGAGAACUACUGCGGGGAGCUGAGGAACGCGUCGGCCGUCAUGAAGAACCAGGUGGCCAAGUUCAACGACCUCCGUUUCGUCGGCAGGAGCGGCAGGGGUAAGAGCUUCACGAUCACCAUCACCCUGAGCACGAACCCGCCCCAAGUGGCCACCUAUUCCAAGGCGAUCAAGGUCACAGUGGACGGGCCCCGGGAGCCACGCAGACAACAGCAACAGUUCCGCGCCUUCGCGAGCGCAUUCGGUCAGCGUCCCCCGUUCCUGGACCCCCUUCGAGAGUGGGACCACCUUCGAAGGAAGACGGCAGAGCAGUGGGCCCUGGAUAUCCCCAGGAGGAUCCCCGGCGCUGGAACGCAUCACGAUCUGACCCAGGCGGCGCUGCAACACCUAAGCGCGGCCGACGCCCACUGGGGUGCCUACCCGCACUACAACCCGUACCUGGGCCCCACGGCGGGCCCCGGGGGCUUCGGCGGCCCCUCGGUCACCUACUCGCUGGACGGGAGUUCGGCCGUCGUCUCCGCCGCCGCCAACUCGCUGGCCGCCAACGUGGGCGGCUCGCUGGCCGACGCGGGAGGCAUGGCGCUGCACUCGGCUCUGCUGGACAACAGCAACUCUCCGAACAGCCUGUCCUCGUGCCCACUGGACGCAGUCUCGGCAGGUCACACGCUGACCGCCCAGUCCACGCUCCUGGGCACCAGCGCCACGGCCGCCAUCCCCAACAACGCCACACCUUCGGAUUCGCCACUGUCCUCCUCACGGUCCCUCACUCUGGAUCUUAACGCCUUGACGGCGACCGGAGCACAGUCCCUGGCUCAACACAGCGAUUCCCUGCUGACACCGCCGAGCACCACCAAGACACCACCUUCGUUGCUGCUCACCACCGCCACGAACGGGGGCAACGGAAGUUCCAGCUCUUCGCCGUCCUCCUCAAGCCUCGACUUCCUGCCCAACCCGGGAAACUACGGCAGCUUCCUGCCGGCCCAUUCGUACUACGCCAACGGGACGUCGACGGCAGGCACCACGAUGACGAACGCGCCGCCGACGUCCACGGGAGUCUACCUGAGUCCUCCGGUGGUACCACCGUCGCUGCUCUACCCGCAGCUGUACGGGUCCAUGUCCCACCCGUCCUUUCAGUUUCUCGGAAACGACCUGAGGUCGGUCAUGGACGCGGCCGGGUUUGGGACGACGACGACCUCGGCGGCGCAUAGACAGGACUCCAUGAUCCACACGACGGACGUGUCCAACGUGAGGACGCACCAGCACGUCGAUGAUGUGGUGGUGCAGACGUCAUCGCUCGGGAACUCAAUCUUGGACUCGCUGAGGGCACCAGCAGACCAUCACAACGUCUGGCGUCCUUACUGAGGAAGGUGCUCCAAAUGGGAAGGGAGCGAUGUUAUUUAUUUUACGGAAGGACCUGUUCCUGUUUCGGCGUUGUUAAUGUGAAACCAGCAAACAUCUGGAGGGAGCCAUGGCAGACAGUUGGGCACCAGAUGAAGAGAUUUCUGUCGGACGUGACCGUGAUCAUGACCUGGAAAGGGCUCGUCGUUCUUGACCGUAUUAAUACGCACGUUUCUGUGGUGCUAUCGAUGCUUUUCCAGACGCCGUCUGAACUAGGACCUUUGAUCGUCCGUUUAUCAGGCGGAGACUGCUGUAAUCAAAUCAACGAUACGUCACGUGUUCGUUAUCGUGGCGGGCAUGAGAACAUAACCGCGAGACGGUCAGCAUGCGUUUUCGAUGUUUUAGAAAGUCCAACCAAAGAUUUUGAUCUCAGCACGUGUUUUUGCUUUGCGUGAUAACCCUGUUAUCGUACG